UAUUUUGCAUGUUGUCGGAAGCAGUUGUUAAUUCUGACUGAAAGUCUCAUUAAUAAAUAUGACACGUAGUCUCUAUCAUUUGCUAUGGGCGUGCCUAAUUUUAAGCUGCUGCUCAAUCUGUGCUGCCAAAAAAUUAAAUAAUACUUGUGCAACAUAUGUAAAUGAUAUAACGCUGCCCGUAUAUGUUUGCUGUGAAGGCUAUGCCGGACCCUUGGAUAAUUGUCAGCCAGUUUGUGCUAAGGGCUGUGGACCCAAUAGUGUGUGCAAGUUGCCCGAGGUCUGUGAGUGCCUGGAGGGCUUUGAGGAGAACGACAAAGGCGAAUGUGAGAUAAAUCUUGCUAAGCAACAUUUGUGCACCAAAGAAGUUGCAGUCGAAUACGAAAGGAGUGAGCCGAAUCCUCUCUUAAAUCUGGGCAAUAUCGCUGAACAGAUAAAAGCACAAAAUAUUACCAUUGAUCCAACAAAAAUUUUUGACACGCGUAUGGAAACCAAGCUAGUCUGCUGUGAUGGCUUUGAGCGUGAACAUGAUGAUGACCCUUGCCUACCCAUAGAUCCGCACAUGUGCUCAAAGAGCGUUGAAGUGAAAUGCAAUAAUACAGUGCUAUCGUCCUCUUGGGAUCCGCUUAGAGCUGAGUUUGCUGCUCUCAAUAUUACAUUCCCGUCGGACUUACUCAUCAAGCGGCACGCGAUUAUUAAAUUCUGCUGCGAAGGCUACGAGAAGAGUAAGGAAACGAAUCGCUGUGAGCCGAUUUGCCAACCCAAGUGCGGUAAGCACUCCAAAUGUAUACGAGUGAAUGAAUGCAUGUGCGAUGAUGGCUAUGUAAGCGAUAUGAAGGGCGGCUGUAUGCCGGAAGUGCCGGACUUUAGGCCCGAGGAUACCCAUGUGUGCAGCAGUGGUGACACGUCAGAGAUUCUAGCUGGUGAGGAUAUACAGUUAUCUUGCUGUCCUGGCUACGCGCAGGAGCGAAAGGGUGAGCUCUGCCUGCCUCAGUGUGCCAGCGGCUGCGCUGAUGGCUGUCGCUGUACCAAGCCCGAUGUAUGCGAGUGUCCACCUGCUUGUAAAUGCGAUGCUGGCUAUGCUAUGGGCAAGUUUGGAGGCUGUGAGCCCAUUUGUGCUGAUGGCUGCAGCGAUCAUAGCAGCUGUGCCACGCCAGGAAAUUGCAAGUGCAACGAAGGCUACGCUUUAGAUAUAGAAGAUGAUGAGGUGGAAUGCGUGCCCGUUUGCAAGGGCGCAUUGCCAGAGUUCAGCCAGUGUGUUUAUCCCGAAAAGUGGGAGUGCAACGAGGGCUUUGCCAAAGUGCUCAACAAGAAGACGUUCGUCUAUGAGUGCCAGCCGCAUUGCGAAAGGACUUGCCCACAAAAUGGCUACUGCAAGGCGCCCAAUACUUGCGACUGCAGUCCAGGCUAUGAGCAUGAAGUUCAGGUGAAUCCUCAGGACAAAACUAUUAUUGAAAACUGUCUGAGUACAGCUACCCCAAUAGAUAUUAGAAUUGACUAUAGAGCUGGUGAUAGUACGGCAAAUUCUGAAGAAUUAAUCAAAUGAUCAAUAUAUAAUAAAGUAUCUCAAAUCUGUAAGUAAAUCGAAGUUUCAGAAUUCGAGAUUUUAUGAAUAUAAUAAAAAGCAUAUAUUUA